AGCAAUAAACAAUUUUAAACAACAAAGGCUCUCAAAACCUCCAUUGAUUCAAACUCUCUCAAAAGGAAUAGAGCUUGUGGUUGUGUGUUUCUUCUCUCCACUUAAACCAGGCUUUGCGAUCUCAAAAUCUUCUGUGCUUAAACGAGGAGAUAAAGAUAAAGCUUUCAACCGAUCACUUCGCCACUACCGCCACCGCCACGUCCGCCGUCGUUAUCGUUAGUUGUUUAUCGAAGGGCCAUGAACCGAGGAGCGUUGCAGAGCUCACCAGUGCAGCAGAUGAUGGCGGCCGGAAACCCUAACUGGUGGAACAUCAACACCACGCGCCCACCGCCGCCGUCGACCUAUCUACAACAACAGCAACAACCACCUUCUCCGACUGCUUUCUUCCCUCAUUUCACACCCACUUCUUCCUCCUCCUCCAACUCCUCCAAUUCGCUUCAUAUUCCUUAUUGGCAUGAGCAUGAUAACCAGGAGCUUCCUCACUCAUGGAGCCAACUACUCGUGGGUGGAUUAAUGGGUGAAGAACAGGCAUUACACCAUGUGAAGCAAGAAAACCCAGCAAGUGCAAGCAGCUAUGUGUAUGGACAUGCAAGUGAAGGCUUUCAUCAUCAUCAAAUAAUGGCUGCUGCUGCUUCAUCAUCCCCCAAGUCAUCUGUAACGGGUUUCAGCAGCCCUAACAUGCUGGAAUUUUCUGGGAAUAAAGCUGAUGCAAGCCAGUCAUUCCCAGAUCGAUCUUCUAAUUAUAAUAGCAGUGGAAGUGGUGGGACAAUGAAGAAAGCUAGGGUUCAGCCUUGUGCAACCCAUUCCAGCAUCAAGGUGAGGAAGGAGAAAUUAGGGGACAGAAUCACAGCACUUCACCAGCUUGUUUCUCCGUUUGGGAAGACUGACACAGCCUCUGUCUUGUUAGAAGCUAUUGGGUACAUCAGAUUCCUUCAGGGUCAGAUUGAGGCUCUCAGCUUACCCUACUUGAGCAACGGACAAGGAAAUAUAAGGCGGCGGCAGCAGCAGCCUGUUCAAGGGGAGAGAAACUGUAUAUUUCCUGAAGAUCCUGGACAGGAAAGUCAUGAGGAACCGAAGGACCUGAGGAGUAGAGGGCUGUGUUUGGUCCCGGUGUCAUGCACGCUUCAUGUAGGCAGCGACAACGGCGCCGAUUACUGGGCUCCGUCGUUCGGCGGUGGCCUCCAAUAGAAGGCUCGGGAAAAGGCAAAGCAAGAUUCAAAGAAAUGUAGGAGUAGAGGGACGACAAGUUUUUUUCAGUGGGAACGAUAUAACAUCAUGAGCAGUCACUCUGCAAGAAAAAAAGAGAUGAAAGGCUGAUUGCUCAUGAUGCUAUAAGAAUUGCCCCUUUCGUUUGAACUCUUUUGUAGAUGAUUUGUGUGUUGAAAUUAAGCCACUGGACCAGUGAUUUGGAUGAUUUAGGCUCUAAAUUAUCUAAAACACUUUUUUUUCUUUA